GUACUUCAAGAUAUACUACAGUUAUACGGAGCUCGUGUCAUUCUGGCAGACAUUAUCACAGCACAGCUGUUUUGAAGAAGAAUCAUGCUCACAGUUGGACAACACCACACGCUCGCUUCGUUUGACUCAUAAAGCCAUUUGGAGAGUUUAUCACAUACAAGAUAUGCCUAAUGACUCGUAGCGCGGACUAGUGUUCGUCUUGGAAUUGGCAGCAACUCUUGAAGUCGUGUUGAAUGUUCUAGAAUUUGUUGACAAAAACGAUUUACUGUCCCUACUACAGUGUGUACUUCCGGUGUUAUUAACGAUGUCCAUCGGUUUUCUCAUUUGAAGAGAUACAUUUUAUUUCAGUAAAUUGUUUAACGUCUCGUUGAAGAUUAACACCGACUGUGAAGCUGACAAUGGGAAGCGGAUCGUCCAUCGACACCUCUAAGACAAUCCACUUGUCUAUCGCUGGAAAAAGCGAAAAGAUUAUUUUGAGCCGGUUCUGUGGUUCCAGAGACAUCCAUGAUCUGAUAGCACAAGCAGCAGGAGUCAGCAGAUAUUCCGGAAUAACACUAAGGGACAUCGAUGGAGCCCUGGUCCCCAUAUCGCCAUCCAUGACCAAGAACGGGGCAUCGUCCCCAUAUGAAGUCGUAAUAACCUCACCCACAGCUGCCAAUGGAUAG